UGCGAUGUUUGUUGGAGUCGGUUAACUUUUAAGUGUGCGGUCGUGCGGAGUCGCGUGUCUACUGUUUUUCAUCAGGAUAAGAUUAUACUUUUAUUUCUAACCAGAAACUCCGAUAUAUCACAGCAACAUUAUUUCCGAUGGACGAGGCUGAUAAAGUUUCCUCCUGUACACCUGACAAGCUGCUCAAGAAUCAAUCAGACAAGAGCAUGCAGCACGCCGACGACGAAAUCAUCGCUCCACAGACAAAUGAAGAAAUUGUUACUUCACAGACAAAUGAAGAAAUUGUUACUUCACAGACAAAUGAAGAAAUUGUUACUUCACAGACAAAUGAAGAAACUGUUACUUUACAGACAAAUGAAACGUUUAUUACUUCACACACAAUAUCUGUAGAAGCUAUUCCUCCGGCUGUUGAAAUCAGCAUUUCUCUGAAGACAACAGAAGUAACCGUUACUGCACACCGAGCAGAAGAAACAUAUACUUCCCAGAUGGGAGAAGAUCCUUCAGAAAUAACUCGAUUAAAUAACACAAGUCAUCAGGAAACAGUCACGUGGACUUCGCAGAGAACCGAGGAUGCAGCAGAAAGAUCUCCUCAGCAUCCAGAAGUCGGCUGUGUUUCGGCGAUUAAAGAAGAAAUCAUUGCUCUAAACACAUCAGACGUAACAUCAGAAAUAUCGCCGGUAACCGCAUCUUCUCCAGCGAUAUCAGAAGUGAGCUCCACCUCAGCAGCUGCUGUUGUAGGCUUACAGACAGACUCGGAGAGAAACACUCAUCUCAUAUCUGGAGAUCUACAGGAAAACAAACCCUCUCUUCAUACACAUGAGCGUGCUGCUCUUUCAGCUCCUACAUCAUCAUCUGUGUCUGCCUUUGUAUCCGCACCUCAGUUUACAGCGGACCUCUGGGAUUCUCCAGCUGUAGUUUCACAGGACAACAGUAUACCUACUAUGGAUUCAUUCAGUAAAAUCUCAGGAGGAUUCGACUCUGAUGUCCUAAACCAGUCAGAUGAUGACUUACUGGUUGAACCGAAAGACUGUAUUUUUUCAUCUGAUAAUGAUGCUAAAGAGGGCCUUACUGCUACCAGAAGAUCUGUGGAGGUGUCAGAUAGCCCAUCUCCAGAUCUGGUACAGGAUGCCUAUGAUGGAGAUGAAAAUGAAUAUUUCACACAGCCACAGGAAAUCGAACAGUUUUCUGUUUCAAGUAUGAACAAAGAGGGAGAUGAUCGACCAACAACUCUCCCAGAUAUUUUAAAGUCUUCUCCACUUAACCCUGACAAAGCGGACUCUGGGUCAUCUGAAGGCAGCCCUGAUAUUAGCCCCGCUCAUAAAAGUGAAGAUUCCCAAAAUGUCCCAUUGUCAGUGUCUGCCAGCAAUCUAUUUGGAUUUGACUCCAAAAUCUUACUGCUGAAGGAGAUGGCUGAGGAGACAGAGGCCAGGGCUGUAGAAAAGGCAAAGCUGGAUGCAGAGAAGAUUUCUGAGCAAAGUUUUGUUGCUUUUGAUCUUGUCAAGGAGACAGGCCUGCCUCUGAAGAGUGAACAAGUACUGAAGGACGAAGAAGCUGAGAUGUCAAGUCAAACAUAUGUACAGAUGAGUGACAAAUUUGAAUGUCUAAAUUUUCUUAAUGAAAAGAAUCAAGAACACUCAGAUUCUGAUAGUCCAACUGCAGAUUCAUUCUCUCCAGUGCUCGAUGCAGUGGCGAAACAAACAUCAUGUUUCCAUGUAGAGCAAGGAAUCACUGCUGUCAGGGAAGAGAUUGAAGCCAUUGACGAGGUGUCGGAGCAAGAAGUCUCGUCUGAAGAGUUUGAGUUUGUCGAGAGGCCACCGCAAGGUGUCCCUGAUGAAUUUCUAGAAUUACACGAUAGUUCGACAAUUCCUAAACCAUCAGAAAUGCCGGUUGAUGAUGAGCAAUCGCCUAGUCUGGAACUGCCGUAUCAAAUACCUGCAACUCAAGACACACAAGAUCAACGUUCUUGCCAUCUUCUCUCUCAACAGUCAGACGAUUCCUUUCCUGUGAGAGGAAAGGCAGGCCUGGAAUCUGUUCCCCAAGGCAUUUCUCCAGUGUCUCUAAACCAUACUCCUGUGGACAAAACUGGGUUUGAGAAGAUGGAAGCUAAGGUCAGCAACAUUCCUUCACUGAGACCAGCCACAGUAGUGGAUCUCCUGUACUGGCGUAACUUGAGGUCAAGCGCUGUGGUGUUUGGUUCCAGUCUCCUCCUCCUCCUCUCCAUCUCCACCUGCAGCAUCAUCUCUGUUAUCACUUAUGUGACUUUGGCUCUGCUCUCAGUUACAGUGACAAUUAGGAUAUAUAAGGGAAUCCUGCAGGCCAUUCAGAAAUCUGAUGAAGGACAUCCAUUCAAACAGUACCUGGACAAAGAUGUUGGUUUUUCAACGGAUCUUGUGCAAAAAUACAGUGACAUGGCUCUGAGUCAAAUCAACAGUGGAUUGAUUGAACUGCGGCAUCUGUUUCUGGUGGAGGAUCUUGUUGACUCUCUGAAGUUUGCAGUGUUCUUGUGGAUCAUGACGUAUGUUGGUGCCAUGUUUAAUGGACUCACACUUCUUAUUCUUGGCUUGGUUGGAGCUUUCACCUGCCCUGUGAUCUAUGAAAAACAUCAGACAGAGAUCGAUCAAUACAUUUCCAUGGUCAAGACCCAGAUCAAGGAUAUUUUUGGGAAAAUUCAGGCAAAGGUUCCUGGAAUGAAGAAGCUGGAAUGAUGUUGGAAGCAAGCAGAUGCCGAGUUAUUCCUCAUCUCUCAUCAGUCAUUGUGUUUGCUUGUUUGUUGACAUGAACAGAUUAUUUUGAAGUAGUGCUGGUUAAUGCUGAUUGAAAAACAAUUGUGUACUUAUAGACUGACAGAUCUGGUUUCUCGCCUACAGUAAUGUCUUCAACCUCAGUAUUCUAGUGUUUUCUUUUUAAAUGAAGGAAAGUUAAAUAGUAUUUAAGUUAUGAAUGUGAUUGAUCAAUACAUUUUCUGAUGAGUUUUUCUGUAGUGCUUAAUACACCAUAGUCUUGGAAAAGUUAACUUAGUAGAUAAAGACAUUUUACCUCACCACAGUAACAUCUCUGGAUAGACAAAAUAAUUUAUUGUAUUUAGAGUAAAUCUAAGAAUAUCACAUAAGAUGAGAGUGUUGUUUGCUAUGCGAGUAAUUGUGAAUGAUACUCAUACAGCUGUAUUGAACUCUCUGAAAUGCAUUGCGAGAUAAAAAUGAGUACCAAUAAAGCUUGUCAAAUACUCAAUGAA